AUGGACCCCCCAAAAACGCUAACGGACCAACACCCCCUUCCAAAGCUCAUAGUAUUCGACCUGGACUACACCCUCUGGCCCUACUGGAUAGACACGCACCCGACCCCACCCCUCUCCCUCACCCCCUCCACAACUCCACCGCUAACUCUCCACGACGCAACCGCAACCCCAUACCCUCUCUUCUCCACAACUCUGCCCCUGCUGACCCACCUCUCCACCGCCGCCGCCUCCGGCGUAAAACUAGCCGUGGCAUCCCGCUCGCAGGCACCCGAGCUCGCGCUGCAGGCGCUCGGCCUCUACGGCUUGCGGCAGUUGUUCGACUUCGUCGAGAUUUACCCCGGCAGUAAGGUUAGGCAUAUGCGCCGGCUGCGCGAAAAGAGCGGCGUGGAGUUUCGGGAUAUGCUGUUCUUCGAUGACGAGCGUAGGAAUAGGGAUGUUUGUGAGUUGGGGGUUUCGUUUGUCCUUGUUGGGGCCGCCGGGGUCGGUUGUGGGUUGGUUGAUGAAGGGGUUAGGAGAUGGAGGCGGGAUAGGGGGUUUGACGGGGCAAGGGAGAAGGAGGAGGGGGAGGAAGUGGUUUAAUGGUUGUGGGCCGAGUUGGAUUGGGGUUGCUUGAUACCGAAAUGAUACCUAUGCUGUAGGUGGCAGCGGAUUACGUAUUUAGAGAUAGAGAUCCAGGGAGCGGAAGGAAAGGAAGGAAAGAAACUCCAUUAUAUGCUAGUCUGAGAUAUCAUAGUU